AGUUGAAAAGACAACUGACUACCCUUCGGCCGAGUACUCCCUGGUGGAGGAUGUAGCCCUCCACUUCACGUGUUUGAUGGACAGACUGAAUGAGCAGCGCCUCUUUCAGCCUGACCUGUGCGACGUGGACAUCGUGCUGGUGCAGCAGAAGAGCAUCUUCCCAGCGCACAAGGGGGUCCUCGCCGCCUACAGCCAGUUCUUCCACUCCCUCUUCACCCAGAACAAGCAGCUGCAGCGCGUGGAGCUGUCGCUGGAGGCCCUGACCUCGCAAGGCCUCCAGCAGAUCCUCAACUUCAUCUACACCUCCAAGCUGCUGGUCAACUCCUGCAAUGUGCAGGACGUGCUGAACGCGGCCGCCGUGCUGCAGAUGAACAACAUCGCCUCCUCCUGCCAGGACCUCCUCGACACCCGCUCCCUGAGCCUGGCCAUGGCCAGCGACAUGGCCCUGCCUCCCGAGGGCUGCGCCAGUGCCGUCCCGCCACCCUACUACUGCGAGAUCAAGCAGGAGGUGGAUGCCCCACACGCCAAGAUCUACGCCCGCGAAGGCAACGACCCCUUCUCGGUGCGUGUGGAGGACGGCGCGGGCGGCGGGACCCUCCCUGCUGUGCCGGCCAAGCAGUACUACAAGGAGGAGAAGGACGGCGGUGCGGCCGCCGUCUGUAAGAUGGAGGGCGAGGAGUCCGAGGAGGACCUGGACAGCCAGGGCUCGUACAACCGGGAGCAGAUCAUUGUGGAGGUGAACCUCAACAACCAGACCCUCAACGUCUCCAAAGGGAUGGAGGGGAAGGCAGCCGGCAGCGAGCCUGCUGCCGCGACUGCCGCGGUCAUGCGGCCUGAUGGCGACGGCCGUGACACUGAGGAGGACGGGGAAGAGGAGAACGAGGAAGGGGAUGAGGAGGAGGAAGAGGAGGAGGAUGCGGAGGUGGGGGAAGAGGAGGAGGAAGAGCACAGUGAGGAGGAAGACCUAGAGGAGACAACGGAAGAAGAGGAGGAGGAAGAUGAUGAUGAAGAUGCAGCAGAGGUGAAAAGGGAAAAGAGCGGGCAGGCCCGCAGAACCAGCCGGGCAUCUAAAGCCACCAAAUCUGCCAUGGCUACCAGGUCCCAGGAGAUGGCCAAGGCGGAAGAAGAAGAGGAGGAAGAAGAGGAAGGCCAGCGAGGGAGGAAGAGAAAGAAGGAGCAGGACGGGUUGGGCCAGAAGGUGAAGCUGGAGGAGAAACAGCACUACCCGUGCAAGAAGUGCCCGCGGGUCUUCAACAACCGCUGGUACCUGGAGAAGCACAUGAACGUGACGCACAGCCGCAUGCAGAUCUGCGACAAGUGCGGGAAGCGCUUCCUGCUUGAGAGCGAGCUGCUCCUGCACCACCAGACCGACUGCGAGAAGAACAUCCAGUGCGUGACGUGUGGGAAGGGGUUCAAGAAGCUCUGGUCGCUCCAUGAGCACAACAAAAUCGUCCACGGCUACGCGGAGAAGAAGUUCUCCUGCGAGAUCUGCGAGAAGAAGUUCUACACGAUGGCCCAUGUGCGGAAACACAUGGUUGCUCAUACCAAGGACAUGCCGUUCACGUGCGAGACGUGCGGGAAGUCCUUCAAGCGCAGCAUGUCCCUGAAAGUCCAUUCGCUCCAGCACUCCGGGGAAAAGCCAUUUAAAUGUGAGAAAAGCAAAUAUCUCCCACCCCAAAAUCAUCUAGCCAAACUGAGGAUUAGUGAAAAAUCCCUGUUCACAGUUGGAACUGAUGGAGAAGCUGUGGCCAGAAGCACAGAAGAGGGGGUUGAAAUGACACCCAUUUGUCAGCUGUUUUGCGAUGGAUCUCUGCUACAUGUGGUAGUUUCAUCUCCUGUUGACCAAGGGGUCAUCUGCAGGAAAGAGGGAAGUGAUUCAUCCUCAGGGGACACCACCUUUUCAGGAGGCAUCUUCCUCACCACCACUUUCUGA